CGAGGAACCAGUCAAAGCAUCACUCAGGUAGUAAAGGGGCAGAUCCGAGGAGCAGAUACGAGCGACUGUGGGGCUGCUCAGCGCACACCCCUCUCCACCGACUCCUCGCUCCCCUGACCUCGACUCUUCCUGGAAAUCAUGGUGGCGAAAAACAGAAAACAGACCGGGAAGAGUCCGGCGACCCAGACUGACCGCGACAGGAGCCCGCUUGUUUCGCUCCCUGGCAAAAGUAACGUUAGGCGACCAGGCAGGGAGGGCAAAGCUUUCAACAGCCCGCAUCCAAACGGGCUUUCAGGCAUCAGACACAAGCUCGGGCUAACUCCCUCCGCAGCCCUGAAGCUGGGAACCGCUCUUUUCCUCGCUGCUCUGGCUGGAUAUCUGCACUGGUAUCAUCUCUCCCAGCUCUUUGAGAAUGACAGGCACUUUUCACACCUGUCUAACCUGGAGAAGGAAAUGGCUUUUCGAACAGAAAUGGGUCUGUACUAUUCCUACUACAAGACCAUUAUUGAGGCUCCUUCUUUCCUCAAUGGCCUCCACAUGGUCAUGAACGAUAAUCUGACAGAGUAUCCCCUGGUUAUCAACACACUGAAGAGAUUCAAUCUCUAUCCAGAGGUGGUCCUGGCCAGCUGGUACCGAAUGUACACAGGUGUAAUGGGCUACUUUGGGAUUCCAACAAAGAUGUGCUGGUCCAUCAACAGAGGGGAGGGACUCACUCCUGUGGACAGCUGUGAAGGGAUGGGUGAUCCAGCAUAUUUCUACGUUGCCUGUGUGUUCCUGCUGAACGGCUUGAUGAUGAGCCUGUUCUGUGGUUACGGUGCCUACCUCAGUGGCAGUCGACUGGGCGGUAUUAUUACCACGCUGUGUUUUUUCUUCAAUCAUGGUGAGAGCACUCGAGUGAUGUGGACGCCGCCCCUAAGGGAGAGCUUUGCCUACCCCUUCCUAGUCCUGCAGAUGCUUCUUCUCACUUACAUCCUACGGACCCGGAACCUGAGCAGGACAGCCAUGGUCGCCCUGGGCAUCUCCAAUUUGUGCUUUAUGCUGCCUUGGCAGUUUGCCCAGUUUGUGCUGCUCACUCAGGUGGCGUCUCUGUUUGCAUCGUACAUCCUGGGUUACCUCGCCGCCGCCAAGAUGCAGUCCAUCCUAGUGACUCAUAUGAUCACACUCGGUGUUUGCUUUAUCCUGAUGUUUGGUAACUCCAUGCUCCUCACGUCCUUCUACGCCUCCUCACUUGUCUCCAUCUGGGUGAUCAUUGCAUUGAGGGACCGAUUUGCUCAAGUAUUCAAGCCUGGUAUCGUCAUCUGGGUCAUGCAGGGUCUGGCUUGGGUUGGCUCCACGGUUUUACUGAAAUUCCUGCUGUCCACAAUCCUCGGUGCCUCUGAUGAUGCUCACAUCAGUGGACUAAUCAAAUCCAAGUUCACGAGCUACAACGACUUCCACACUCUGAUGUACACAUGUGCUGCCGAGUUUGACUUCAUGGAGUUAGAGACCCCCCUGCGAUACCUCAAAACAUUGCUGCUGCCCAUCAACGUGCUGGUGGUUGCUCUCAUUGCUGGCAGGACUGUCCAGGAUAUAGUCCGGACCCUGCGGCACGGAGGGAGCACAUCUGUAAAGACCGAUGAUGUUGAUGAAGCUGCAGGGUCUGAAAUAGCGGCAAAAGGAGAGCUUGUGUAUCACAGCCUGCAACUGGUGGCGUUUGCUGUCCUGGCCAUCCUCAUCAUGCGGCUGAAGCUCUUCCUGACACCCCACAUGUGCAUCAUGGCGUCGCUUAUCUGCUCCAGACAGUUGUUUAGCUGGAUCGGGGAGAAGUUUAAGCACCAGGUCACUGUUGUUGUCAUAAUGGCCAUCAUGGCAGUACAAGGAGUGGCCAACCUGCAGGCCCAGUGGGCGAUCAUUGGAGAGUUCAGCAACCUGCCACAGGAGGAGCUGCUGGACUGGAUCCAGGACAACACCCGUCCAAAUGCUGUGUUUGCUGGUGCCAUGCCCACCAUGGCCAGCGUGAAGCUUUCCACAGGUCGGCCCAUCGUCAACCACCCACACUACGAAGACGCUGGUCUGAGGGAUAGAACCAAGCUGGUCUACUCCAUGUACAGCCGAAUGUCUGGAGAAACUGUAAAGAAGAACCUGAUGAAGCUGGGCGUGGAUUUCUUCGUCCUUGAGGAUUCUUGGUGCACAAGGCGAACCAGGCCUGGAUGCAGCAUGCCAGAGAUUUGGGACAUUGAGGAUCCCCAAAAUGUUGGUAAAAUUCCCCUCUGCACUCACAUGUCCAGGAACUCACGACCCCACUUCACCACAGUCUUUUCCAAUGACAUUUACAAAGUCCUAAAAGUCCCCAAAGUCACCAAAGACCUCAGAUAACAUCGCUGGACAGACUGACUCAGCACCAAACUUCUUGUUUCCGCCACUUCUUUUCGUUUUUAUUUGCAUUUUUUGGUCACUCACUGUUGUUGCUGCUUUUUACUUCCCAAAACUCAAACCCCUGUAGUUCCACUUUUUAAAUUAUUGUUCUGAUUCGCUGAGCGACGGACUAAAAACAAGUUGGACGUGCCAAAUCAGUAUGCCAUGAGUCUGACUACUCUUGGUGGCCUCACAGUUCUCAGUAUUUGCAAUUUGAAGUCUCUUGCCAGCAUUUUUAUUGCUGCAUCUUUGUCACCCAGCAGCGUUCUCAUUUUGCUCCUGGUGGUGCCCAAGUAAAAGUCCAAAGGUGUUGUAGCUUUUGUUUAAGCUUGUUGCAGUGGUUGUGUUAAUGAGUUUCCUCAUUUUAAGGGAAGCUGUUAUUACAUCUGUUUUUUGUUUUUUUACUGCUUACAAUAAUUUUCUUUGACUUUCACUUCAGAAGUAAACUUUGUCUGGCAGGACCAAUCAGUGAUGUCCACAUACUGUGAAGCAAUACCUUUGCAAACUCUAUCGUUAUGCACAGUGUUGAUCUCUGAAGAGAUUUCUUUCAGUAGUACACUAUUUGUAUAAUUUAUUUGUGUGAGCAUUUUUAUGCAACUUCAAGCUGUUACGCUGUUUUCUGUGAAGAUCAUGGAGUUUUAGGAGUCUUGGGAAUCGCAGGGGAAAACUGUUCAUAUUUGGAAGCUUUUUAAAAUCUUUUUAAUACAUAUCGUUCAGCAUUGGUGUCUAGUCUGAAUUCACUCGAAGACUUUCACAUAGUAGAAGAGCUUUCAUUCUUAGUCCAGUUAUAAUUAGGUUAAAAUAUAAUUUUUAAUGGCCAAACUUAGUAAGCAAAAACAGUAGAUUACUCAAAACUGCCAUGUUACAACUUUUUUGUAAAUACCCAAACUGUUGUUUUGUAAAAUGCUCAUGUACAGCCUUGAAAAGAUUCCUCGUGCUUUUUGGAUCAUUGUUUAUUGCCAAAGGAAGUCUUGUUAUUAAUAUUCAGGGUACUGUAGCACAUGAAAGAUGUGGUUUUAGUGAUUAAGAACCAUCAACUUGUGAGUUCUGUGACAGCCAACCUGAACUACUUGUAGCAGUGAAGUUUAUGUAAGUGGUAGCAGUUGUGGGUUCCUUCGUCGGGCCACAAUAAACAUUUUAGGAAAUGCACUCAUUCAGUUCGCACUGAGAGUCAGAUGAGAAGAUCGAUACCACUCUCAUUUCUGUUCAGUGCAGUAGGUAUGUAGCUACAGUCAGGAUAUGAUUAGCUUAUCUUAGCAUAGAAAAAGAUAAAAGGGGGAUACCUCACUAAUUAAAGGUAAAUUCAUUCGUGUUUUUUUGCGUGCACGUGGCAUUCAAGUUUCAGAAGAGUCACCUGGGAUGCAUGUCAUUAUGUUUAAACAGUAUUCCACAUGCUUGGUCCUGUUUUUGUUGAACUCCUGCACACACUAUUUUCACUUUUUGACGUUUUCAUGUUGUCCAGUCAAACAUAUCAAACAAAGCUGCUCUUCUUCUUGCUGUCAGAAAGUCUGACCGAUAUGUGUAUAAGAGCUUAUCUGCUGUUGCUGUCAGUGCACAGCUGUCCAUGAACUAUUAACUCCAGACAAGUUACUUCAUUUGUUUGCUUUAGUAUUUUUAAUAUUGGGACUUGAGCCAGGUUAAUUGUAGCCAUGCUUUGAGUCUUUUGUUGCCUUCAAAUGGAACUUCUGAUAGGACAUGGGAUGUGCACAAUGGGGUUUUUCUGUUAGUUUUUUUUUUUUUACCGUUUUUUUUUCAGAUUUUCUGAAAUUGAAUGAAAUAACUUAAGUCACAGCUCAUAAGCUGAUGUGUUUAUCUUCUCAUCUUAGAAAACAACUACGCAUAUUUGCAAAAAUGGCAGACUCUUCCUGUAAGUGCAGUUUUGUAAGUGUAUUGUUUGUACUGCACAGUUGAAAUGAGAUCAUUUGAAACAAUCUAUUGAGGAACAGAUAUGUUAAUCACAUCAGUCACUUGUACUGUCAGGAAGUGUCUUUUCCACCCACUGUGGGUUGAAAUAGCAGUGGCACCAUAGCUGCAUAUUGUAUUGUUGCUUUGUCUUAAUAUAAUCAAGCUCACUGGACAGUUUAAACUUUUAAGUUAAAUCAUGUGCAUACUUUUUUUUUCACCUGCCUUGCUUUGCUUCUAAAGCUUGGAACUAUUUUUUCAGAAUGACGGCUGCUAAAAAGGAGCAAAACAAAUCAGCACACAUUAGGUUUGUGGUACAGUAACUAACAGUUGUUUGUCUUUGCAAGAAAUAGUUUGACAUUUUGGGAAAUGCACCUUAUUACUCUCACUGAGAGGUAGAUAAGAAAAACUGCUACAUGCCUGUACUUUGAAUAUAAAAGUUAGAUUAGCCUUAAAACUGGCUCUGUCAGGCUACUUCAAAAAUACACCUGCAGGCACCUCUAAAAGUGUGAAGUGGUGGUUUUUAUGGGAAAUUAUGUGCUGGACUAUUUCUGCCUGAGAACAGUUGUCAUGUGAUCACAAGUUUCUGUACCUGGAAAACUACAAUAUGGGAUUGUAGAGAGUCAGGCUGGCUAUGUCCUUUUGUAUUUCAGUAUUAAUGCGAAGUUAAUCUUCCAUCUCAUUGGCUAUAACUUCAUAUUUAACAGACAGACAUGAGAGUGGCUUGGAUCUUCUGAAAAUGUCAAACUACCGACGUGCGUGGCAACAGUAGUGACUCUUCCACCAGAUGUAUGGAAGUUAAGAGUUUUCUGUAUCAUGCUUCCUCUUCCAACAUGUUCCUCAUAUUCAUUUGUAACGAAUUAUCAAAUGUUUUGUGAUAGAAGAAAUUCUCUUGGGUUUAAUGUAUUUUUUUUCCAUAAGUAUCCAUAAAACUCAUUGAAUCCUCACAGUUUGGGGUAAACUAGUUCAUUAAUGGGGCUUCUGGAUGAGAUUAGAGAACAAAUUAGAUUAGUGAGGUGAAACUUUUAAACAAAAUGUACGUUCAUAAUUCCAAAAGAUCUUCUGUGCUGAGAUAAAAUGUGCAAGAGCGAGCGGUUGAACAAAUCAUGCAGUCCAGCUGAUUUCAGAGCUGUUCUUCUAGUUUGUGGCUCACAGUUUUCAAGUGAUCUUGUAGGUGCCCGUUUUUAAGGAGUGGUGCUGUUGUUAGACCUCCCCAAACACUUUGACAUAAACAGUUUAUUCCUGUCGCAGGCCUUGGUGUGUUCCAGAUGUCUUUUAUAAUAUUUGUCUAUUUUGUCUGUAUUUUAAAAAAAAUAAAGUAUUUGCCAUGA